UUGUUAGUAUGAGUAUGAUAGUAUAUGUGUUAGAACAGACACGUGUGCGUACAGUCAUAUUCGCCGAAAAUAUUUGUCGAUGUAUAAUAUAAGAACUAUUUAUUCGUCACAAAUUUAUGAGAAUAUAAAGAUUAAAUUAACAAUAAAUGAUCGUGAUAUGUAUUAAAAUUAAAUUGAUCGAAAACUAAUUACCUAACUUGACCCCAACAUAAAUAAGAUGAAUUAACCUACUAGUAACAGAUUUUAUGUAAUAUAUAAAAUAAAUACUGCAAGAAUGAAUAGAUUAUUAAUUAAGCGAACGUUCGUCACGAGUCAGGCACUCAAAGCAAAGAAAGGAUCAGGUGAUACGAAAACUGCACCGAAGAAGCGAAAUAAAUAUUCUGACACAGUUCUACUUCCACAAACUCAAUUUCGAGUGCAACUGAAUGGGAAAGAACGAAUAGAAAAAGAUGAACACUUAGCUAAAACUUGUGGUUUUCCUGAGUUGUACCAAUGGCAAAAGAAUAAUCUGUCAGGCCCAGAUUUUGUAUUGCAUGAUGGACCUCCUUAUGCAAAUGGUGUUCCACACAUGGGACAUGCUAUUAACAAGAUUCUUAAAGAUGUGACGUUAAGGCAUAAGAUUUUAAAUGGAAAUAGAGUUCACUAUGUGCCUGGUUGGGACUGUCAUGGAUUACCAGUUGAACUAAAAGCUAUUGAUAAUGAUAAAUCUCUGAGAGAUCCCUUAGAGAUUAGGAAAAGAGCUCGCAAAUGUGCAAAGGAAGCUAUCGCCAAACAAAAGCAAGCUUUCCAAUCGUGGGGUGUAACAGCCGAUUGGAGUGAAACUGGAUGUUACUUUACCAAUCAGCCUUUGUACAUGAAAAAUCAACUGAAUCAGUUCAUAAAGUUGUAUGAGAAAGGUAUCAUAUUUAGAGACUUCAUGCCAGUCUAUUGGUCUCCAUCUUCGAGAACAGCGUUAGCUGAGUCUGAAUUAGAAUACAAUCAACUUCACAAAAGUAAAGCCAUGACCGUUCGUCUACGUGUCAAUAAUAUACCAGAAAGAUUGAGUUCAUAUAAAGAUCGUUCAAUAUACGGAUUAAUAUGGACUACUACACCAUGGUCCUUGGUAGCCAAUCAAGCUGUAGCUUUCUCUACAAAUGCUACGUACUGUCUUGCCGAGGACAGUAAAAGUGACUUAUAUAUUGUCGCGAAAGAGUUAUUAAAAAAUCUCGAAUCAAAGAUCGGUCCUUUGGAACCAAUCGAGUACUUUGAAGGCAGCGAAUUGAAGGACAGCACGUACUUUCAUCCCUUUACGAAAGAAAAAUGCCCCUUUUUGGCUGCCCGUCACGUUACGACAGACGUCGGAACUGGUCUAGUUCAUAUCGCGCCUGCACACGGCCCAGAAGAUUUUCUGGUUGCCCUCGAGAAUAAAAUGCGCAUUUUAAUCGUGGUAGAUGCAGACGGACGGUAUACCGAAGCGGCCGGUCCGAGAUUUCAUGGAUUACAAGUGCAAACCGAGGGUGUUACUAAAGUGAUAGAGACUGUAAAUCUGGAUAUGCUGCAUAUUGAAACGAUAACGCACAGUUAUCCAUAUGACUGGCGAACUAAGAAACCAGUUAUCCUUCUUGCUAGUAAUCAAUGGUUCAUCGAUAUAAAUUCUAUCAGAGAAAAAGUGAUUGACAGUAUUACGGACGUGAAAAUAUAUCCGAAGUGUAAUCGGGCAGCCUCCAAGAAUGCUUUACUCGCUGGAGUACAGACUCGACCGUACUGGUGUAUUUCCCGACAACGUUCUUGGGGAACACCGAUACCCGUACUGUACAGUAAAACAACAGGCAAAGUGUUCACAAAUAAAGAAAUAGUUGAUCGUUUGUGCGAUUCGAUAGACAAGUUCGGUCCUGAUUGUUGGUGGGAAUAUUCGGCAGAGGAAUUAAUAGGAACAGAUCUAAUUAAACGAUUAAACGUUCCCGUAGACGAUAUAGAAAAAGGAAAGGAUAUUAUGGACAUUUGGUUUGAUAGCGGAAUUUCGUGGUCGUUUGCUACACCGAACGGAGAAGCAAAUCUUUAUUUAGAAGGGAACGAUCAAUUUAGUGGCUGGUUUCAAUCGUCCUUAAUUACAUCAGUAGCUUUGCAGGAACGUCCACCUUACAAUGCUUUAUUUGUACAUGGGUUUGCAGUCGAUGAGAAUAACAUGAAAAUGUCCAAAUCACUGGGAAACGUGAUAAAUCCAGAUGAACUUUUACUAGGCGGUUCUAAUUUGGAAAAGAAUCCAGUAUACGGUGUGGAUAUUUUAAGGUGGUGGGUAGCUAAUCAUGGUUCGCAACAUACAAAAGUACCAGUUUCAAAAGAUUUGCUCGAAGGCUGUAAACAGUACAUCCAUAAAAUUCGUCUGAUACUGCGUUUCCUCUUGGGUGUUGCACAUUCUCAUCGUCAAGACACGAACAGCAGUGUACAAUAUCGAAUUAUUGACAAAUACAUGUUGUACUUGUUGUACCGUUAUAACAAACAGAUGCAGCAACAUUACAACGAGUAUGAGUAUCACCAUGCGGGUAAAGCGAUCAUGAACUUUACAACGAACGACGUGUCUGCCCUUUAUUGUACUUUAAUCAAGGAUAGGCUCUACUGCGACGAGGCACUAUCUCCGACGCGCGUCGCGGCGGUGCAAGUCGUAAAAGAAAUAUUAAUUGUCCUUUUACGACGUAUCGCUCCAAUCAUCCCGCAUUUAGCAGAAGAAGCAUGGUCGCAUUAUACUGAAAAUCAAGCGAUGCCGUUACAUUGUACGCAAUACGAGAUACCAUCGUCUUGGAACGAUCCAACGAUUGUAGAAUACGUAGACGCGGCGCUUACGUUGAGGAACAACAUUUUGAGAACUACCGAUAAAAAUACAUGGAAAAUGCAUGGUGUCAUAGAAGCUACAAACAAAGAUUUCCGCUCGCUUUCACUCCUUUACGACGAGGAACAGCCGUCACUUUCAGAAUUAUGCGAAAUACUACAGUUAUCCUCGGUGACGUUGACCGAAAGCGAUACGAUUACGGAAACGCGGAUACAAGUACACGAGAUUCAGAAGUCCGCUUGCGAACGGUGCAGAAGAUAUCCUGAGACUCGAGCAGACGGACUCUGUUCACGCUGCGCCAGUGUACUUGCCAAAGAUAAACCGAUGACUGCGAUUAUGUAACAAAAUGUGCGAAGACGUAUUCUUAUUAUCUGGUAACAUAAAAUAAGAUUUUUCAUUUAAGAACAGAA